GAGAGAGAGAGAGUGAUGUUAGCGUUUGGCCUCUCAAUCCCUCCAGCUCCGUUCACAGCUCUCUCACUCGCUCUGGGAAGACAAGGCGGAGAGGACAGGGAAGGCGGGGACAGACAGCACACACAAGGUUCACAGCACACACGAGACACACGCCACUCGCCUCCCAGCCUGUCACAGUACCCCAAAGAGUGCGUCGAGUGUGGCAUUCCUCUCACGUCGCGAAGGAGGUACUGUAGUUUGAAGACCCAAGGCGACAUGACAGCACAUCUUUGCAUCACGACUUACAGGAGCCCUCAAAAUGAAGUGCUUAAACUGGAGUGUAGAGCAAGGCUGAUGGGAGCAACGGUAAAGAAACUCAGUGACGAAAUAUUUACAGCUGGCAGCGGGAAGCUGUGUUUCGUGGGGCAGGACUGUCACAGAAUACCCAGCAUCCUCGGGGCCACCUAUGGAAUGCAGACCAAACGACUUGACCUCUCCUUCAACGCCAUCAGGUCUCUGGAGGGGCUGGAGCGCUUCCCAUACCUGGAGGAGUUAGUGCUGGACAACAAUUUCAUAGAUGACGGUGUGACGCUGCCCCACCUCGACACACUCCACACACUGUCACUCAACAAGAACAAGGUGAGUGACUUGGGCCGCCUCCUGGACCAGAUAGGGGACAGGCUGCCCAACCUUCGCUAUCUGAGCCUCCUCGGUAACAAGGCGUGUCCAGACCAACUUACUGGCGUGGGGGACGAGCGUGACUAUAAGACGUACAGAAUGCACGUCCUUCACCGCCUCCCUCAGCUACGUUUCCUGGACUCAACUGCCGUCAGGAGAAGCGAGGCACGGGAGGCACGGAAGAGGGGGGCGCUGGCCAGGGGGGGACGUGCCACCUCCGCCCCGCCCCCCACCUUCUCCUCUUCCUCCUCCCCAGUGUUGACCAACAAGAGUGGGAUAGCAUUGAGCACGGCGCCUGGACUUCAACACAGCCUCCCGCCCUCCCCCGUGACCACGCCCACACUCGCCCAAAAGGAGAUGAACGGCACGGCAGCCACGCACGCCCACGCACGGCCUCACAUCACAGAUUCCCAGGGAGUGACGCCCCCUCGGUCUCCCUCCCCCCGCCUGACGAGACACUACUGAGGGAUCUACGCCCACCACCACCACCACCAACCCCCCACCCCUUCCUCCCCACCAGAGCCUCGCUGCGAUAGAUAAGCAGACAGAUAGAUAGAUAAAUGAUAUACUGUCAGGUCAGUAACAAGAUAAAUAGAUAAGUGUGUGUGUGUUAUCUUUUUCUCUUUGUUUUUCUGGUUUGUUUGUGUUUUUGCUUCAGUAUUGUU